AUUACCAUGAAGAAAAAGGGGUUGGAUAUAUGCCAGAAAUUUCUACAUGGUCAGUGGGAAAAUAUUACUACAAAUGAGAUCAUCGUAAAACCAAUCAGCGGUGGUUAUAGUAACCAAAUAUAUUACUGUUCACUGCCUGAGGGUCGGGAACCGGUGGUCAAUGAACCGAAACAUGUGUUGUUGAGAAUGUAUGGCAUCGGGACUACAAUCCCGGGCGACGACUAUAAGGUAACCGAUAGUCUCAUAACAUUACUAUUGUCUGAACGGGGUUUGGGUCCCAAACUCUAUGGCGUAUUCCCCGGCGGACGGCUCGAGGAGUUUAUACCCUCUCGAGCACUGGUGCCACAGGAGCUCAAAAACAGGGAAUAUGUGGGCAGAAUAGCUAAAAACUUUGCCCGAAUCCACACAUUGGAUGUGCCCAUAAACAAAAAACUUGACUAUCUAUUCACCACAAUGGAAAAAUGGCUAAAGACUGUGCCCAUACCUACGGGCGCCGACACACCCGCCCAACAGUACCCGAACCCCGAGUUGGAGCGGGAAGUAGUCGGCUAUAACUAUCGCCGUGAACUACAAUGGCUGAGGCGAGUGCUACCCGAGUGCGGGUCACCCGUAGUGUUCGCACACAACGACUUAUCGCCGGGAAAUGUACUCAUAUGUGAUGACCCCCUGGCCUAUGGGGGCGGCGAUGGCCUACUCGUCAUUGACUACGAGUGGGCCGCCUAUAACUACCGGGGCUUUGACUUCGCCACACAUUUCAUUGAAAAUCAAUACGAUUUCUCUGUUGCCGAUUAUCCGUACUUUAGGGUAGACUUUGACGCCUAUCCGACCGAUGAGGAGAAGCGACACUUUAUGUGCCAUUAUAUCAAACAUUCACCCGAUUUGAGCGCCGGGAGGGAAACGGAGGACCAGUUGAUUCGUGAGGCCGACUAUUACUCAGUGGCGGCGCAUCUGUUUUGGGCCCUUUGGUCCGUGAGUCAGAUCCGGGCAUCAAAUAUGCAAUUUUGUAAUUGGGAUAACUCAAAGGCUAGACUGGGCAUACCCUGUUCACUCAAGAUGCUCACUCAGCAUAACUAUUUAGAAGCCUAG